AAUGAUUUGAUCUGUAGAAGAAUAGCCAAGUCGUGCGACUCCAUGGCCUGUGGCAGUCGGUUAAAGGUGGGCACCAGAGAGCCGCUACCUAGCUGCAUUUGAUGAUGGGUUGAAGGUUUUGAAUGGUAGUAGGGGGAGAAGAUGGGUGGAGAAGGCAAAUAGUUGAUGGUUUUUGGUCUUCAAUUGAUUGUUGAGCCUUGGUUAGCUUCCCAUGCUGACCAUCCUAGGUGCGUUGUCCUUGGAGUCAGCUGUGGUGCUAAUGUAGCAAACUAUUUCAGAAGAUACACCAUUUCCUCAAGGAAACAUUUGGAUCAAGUGUCAAGUCCUUUUCUACCUGUUCUUCAUCGGCACCACCCCAACAUCUUCUUGAUGAUAAGGAUGCGUUCCAUGAGUUUGUGCCACCCUUGAGGUGCUGCUAAAGACCCCACAAGCUCAUGCUUGUUUAGAGAACAUUUCUCUAAACAAUAUCAAAGGGAAUGUUUAUAGAUUUUUAGGGGCGUGUAAUUUGAUAAGAAGCUAGAGAAUGCUGAAAGGUUGUCUGUGCAUUUACCAGUGCAGCAAUUUAUUCUUUGUUUCGUUGGAAUAUUUGUUGUAUUUAUACAUUUACAGAGUAGGUUUCAAUCAAAAUAGGACCUUUUU